GCUGGUCUUUGGCAUCCAACAGAAAUAUCACUUUCUAGGACCAUGACUAGAAGCUGCUGUGGAAACAACUCUUCUCGGGGUUCUCUUAAGAGCUGUCUGAAGGCUUCAGGUCAAAAGGCUGUUUCUAUAGCUAGUCAUCCUGGAAGCUCUAUUCCCCGCAGCCAGCCUUCCCCUAGCACUAGAUCCAAUCCCCAUCUGGCAAAUAGCUAUCAGUCCAGUGCCAAUCUUCCCCAGACUUUUGGGUCAUCUUCAGACCAGCCAAGUCUCCGAACCUUGCCCAGAUGUCACUCAAUGAGUUCUCUUCCAGGAGCCCAUAACAUCCCUGCCAGUGCUGGCAUCGGUAGCUGGUUUGGUGAUAUAGCUCUCAAUGGCAGUGAGAAAGAGACCAUGAGGUUCUUGAAUGAUCGUCUGGCCAACUAUCUGGAGAAGGUGCGGCGAUUGGAGCAGCAAAAUGCAGAGCUGGAAGGCAAAAUCAAGGAAUGGAGUCAGUGCCAAGUCCCCAACAUGUGCUCCAACUAUACCUCUUAUUUCAAGACCAUCCAUGAGCUUCAAUGCAAGGAAGUCUACAACCUGCAAUGCCAGUUGGGAGAUAAGCUCCGUAUUGAGCUGGAUAUGACCCCACCAUUGGACCUUAAUCGGGUGCUGGGUGAGAUGCGUUGUCAAUAUGAGGCCAUGUUGGAGACUAACCGCAAUGAUGUGGAGCAGUGGUUCAUCGCUCAGAUUGAGGGCAUCAGUCUGCAGGAAAUGUCUUGUUCAGAGGAGCUACAGUGCUGCCAUUCAGAGAUCCUGGAGUUGAAACGCUCAGUGAAUGCUUUGGAGGUUGAGCUGCAGGCUCAGCACAAAAUGGUAGAUUGUUUGGAAAACUCCUUGUGUGAAUCUGAGACUCGCUACAGCACUGAGCUGGCCCAGAUGCAGUACUUGAUCAGCAAUGUGGAGGAGCAGCUGGCUGAGAUCCGGGCUGACCUGGAGAGACAGAACCAGGAGUAUCAGGUCCUCCUGGAUGUUAAGGCCCGGCUGGUGUGUGAGAUCUCCACCUACAGAAAUCUGCUGGAGAAGGAGGACAACAAACUUCCAAACAAUCCAUGUGCAACUUCCUCGUGCCACACACCAAGAGCUCCCUCUUUGAGUUGCUCUCCCUCUACUCUCCCAAAGAGCCAAGGAGCUGUCAUGGCCAGCAAUAGAGCCUUCACACAGGGGCAGUUCUGAUACGCCUACCUUCUCAGAAGAGGAAGAACAAGAGGAGGGAAGAGAGGAAGAUUCCUUUCUGGGGUUGCCAUGUUAUAGUAUAUCUUACCAGCCUGGGUGUUCUAUUCAUAUACUCCAUAAUGAAUGUGUGCUCUCUCCAUGUUAUACAACCUCUAAGUCAGUCUAUGUUUUGAUUUUUGAAGAGUUUUCUUUAUGGUGCUACCUUUUAUCUUUCUUGCUUCUGAGUUGAGAUAUAACUCCUCUUGCCCUUGACCAAUAAACUUAAUUUCAGUU